CUGAUUCUCUCUCUCUCUCUCUCUCUUCGAUAUUUAUCCCUCUCCGCCCGAAACAGCCGCCCUUUCUCUCUCUACAAUCUCUCUCCCCCCAUGGCAUCGUCGGGCGGCAGGACCGGCGGCGGGGGUCCUCCGCAGCUCUAUUUCUGUCACGAGUGCAACCGCACGGUCUCGAUCAGGCCCUCCCCGGCCUCCGAUCUCGCCUGCCCGGUCUGCAACGGCGGUUUCCUGGAGGAGGUCGAGGGCCCCGACGUCAGCCGCAUGCUCAACCCCUUCUUCCCCUUCGACUCCUUCGGCGGGGGCUCCGCCGGCUCGAGCGGCGGCGUGAGUUUCGGCUCCGGCGCCGGAUUUCCCUUGGUCUUCACGUCCUCCUCCGCGGCGGGCGGCGGCGGCGGCGGCCUGGGCGGAGGGAUGGGAGGGAUGGAUGAAUUCGCGGCGCUCCUCGGGGGCGCCUCCGCCUUCGACGACGGCAACAGCAGCAGUCCCGACGCGUUCAACCCCCUCAUCUUCCUCCACAACUACUUCCAAACCCUAAGAGCCGGUGGCGCCAACAUUCAGUUCGUCAUUGACAACAAUACCGGCGAGGGCGGCUCCUUCCGCAUCCCGGGGAACAUCAACCUCGGCGACUACUUUAUUGGCUCCAAUCUCGAGCAACUAAUCCAGCAGCUCGCAGAGAACGAUCCCAAUCGCUACGGCACGCCCCCCGCGUCGAAGUCCGCAAUUAAUGGGCUUCCGGUCAUCAAGAUCACCGAGGAAUUGCUCGCCUCAGACAAUUCGCAGUGCGCGGUCUGUAAGGACACGUUUGAGCUUGGUGAGGAGGCAAAGCAAAUGCCUUGUAAGCAUAUAUACCAUUCUGAUUGCAUUUUGCCCUGGUUGGAAUUGCACAAUUCUUGCCCUGUUUGUAGAUAUGAAUUACCCACUGAUGAUCCUGAUUACGAGCAAAGGAAUAGGGGUCUCCAGGCCCAGCAAGAUUCUGAUAAUCGGAUGCAAUCUGAUGGGUCUAGUGACUCGUCCGGUGCUCCCGUGUCUGGAGACAAUCCACAAACAAUGGAGCGGCGAUUCAGGAUUUCGUUGCCUUUCCCCUGGCCGUUUAGGGCAUUUGGCUCUCCUGCAGAGACAAGUGAUAGUGGCAGUGGGAGUGGUAACAAUAACGGGAACAACGAUGGGAAUUCAAAUGCUGGGGAUGGUGGUGUAAAUCGGAACUUUGAAUCGGAAACCAGACAGGAAGAUCUUGAUUGAGGAAUUGUGGCGCUUGUCAUCAUGGAACGAGGAAACUUCUUUGGCAGGGGAAAUUCAGCUUCGGGCCUGUCAGUAUUCCCUUAUUUAAAGGCCCUUCCAGGUGAGAGGCAUAUCGAAUACAUUCAUAGGUGAACUGCUCUCUCCACCAGAACGUCGGGAGAUUUUGUUUUGUUGUCCUGUUGAUAUACUAUACUUUUGUUCCGGUGUCAUUUGUUUCCAGUACUAUGAAUUUUUCUCUGGGAAGAUGUAUACCCUAGCAUACAUAUGUUCAAUGCUGUCUUUUUUAUUCGAGCUAAUUACCGUCUUGAAAAGGAUGUGCUCCUGUUGGAACUCUGUUUUUGCUUUCUCCUGGUGCAAUAAUCAAAAGAGUUCCCUGGGAAA